GGGCGUUAGACUCUGGCGCGCUUGGUCUGUCGGGGCCGCUGUACUCGAUCGAGCUUGGUGGUGGUUUGCCUAAAGAUCUCCCCACAAGUGACCGAGGAAGAAGCAAACAGACCCCAGGCACUGCUGGACAGCCUUCCUCACGUCGAGCACAGACGUCGAGCACAAAACGAGCGCAGAGCGAAGCGCUGAGACCACAGAUACGCUAUAACAAAGACGGCGCGCCUAGGAAAUUAACUGCAGCGCAGAGAAAUAAGAUCCGCCGGAACUUUCUCGAAG